ACUCUUUCACUCGCCCUUGUUGCGACUACUGCUGCCGUCGUGAGCGCUCGUCCGGCGUACGUCGCCCUGCUCCCCAACGGCGACAAGGUCCCGGGCGUGGAGGCUCUGGGCCACGUCAACCCGUCGGGCGGAGGCCCCAACAACGACUUCGGCCUGGACUUCGCCAGCGCCGGCAAGUCGUGGACCAAGGAGUUCUGCGAGAAGGACUCGGACGGCGACGGACAGACCAACGGCCAGGAGCUGGGCGACCCGUGCUGCGAGUGGGCCGAGAGCUCGAACGCCGUCGUCAAGUGGACGGAUGGCGUCUCUCACCCUGGCAACGCCACAUCCAAGUCGGACCCCUCGCUGUGGGCCGACAUCUCGUGCAGUGGUGCGGGCUCGGGCUCUUCGGCUUCGAACGCGACGGUAACGAUCUCGACCACCGCGAGCCCCUCGACGGGAUCCAGCGUGGAGGCUGGCUCGACCACCGGUGCCGCGGAUGCUGCGGCCAGCGCGUCGGCGGCUUCCUCGUCGUCUAGCGCGGCCUCGGUUGACACUCCGGCCAUGUACUCGGCUGCCGCUGUCCUCGCGGCUGUUGCGGCCUUCUUCGUG